UUUUCUCAAUUUAAAACAAAGUUAGUUUCAAUGCAUCGUUUCAAGAUUAAGGUGAGAUUAGCCAAGCAAUCAUUAAAUGACUUACCAAAAACACUAAAUCAUCCAUAAAGACUUCAAUGAUCUGUUCAACAUAAUUUGAAAAAAAUACUUACCAUGCAUCUUUCAAAUGUGGCUAGUGCAUUGCAUAAACCAAAUGACAUGCAACGAUAAGCAAAUAUACCAAAUGGGCACGUGAAAGUGGUAUUUUCUUAAUCUUCCGGUGUUAUGACAAUCUGAUUAUAACCUGAUUAACCAUCAAUAAAAUGCAUAACCAGCUAACCUUUCAAGCAUUUGGUCAAUAAAUGGCAAAGGAAAGUGAUCAUUCCUUGUGGUGGCGUUGAGCUUCCUAUAAUAAAUACAGACUCUCCAACCGAUUUGGAUACGGGUAGGCACAAGUUCAUUCUCUUCGUUCUUCACCACAGUGACGCUAGAUUUCUUGGGAACAACUUAGAUCGGUGAAACCCAACGACUAUCAGAGAUUAGAUAGAUCACUCCACAAUCAAGUAGCUUGAUAAUCUCAUUUUUCACUACUUCCAUCAUUGAAGUUGAGUCGGUGUUGAGCUUCUCGAGAUGGUUUAGCCCCAUUCUCUAAGAGUAUACGAUGCAUGCAAGUUGUAGGACUUAUACCCUUGAUGUCGGCCAAUGGCUGCUUUGUAUUCCUUCAACACCCUCACCAAUGUCGGCCAAUGGCUGCUUUGAUAUUAAUAUAUUAUUUUUCCUACGAUCAGGAUCAUUUUGUCCAACUGGGUAUUUUUGCCUGACAAGAUUUUGACGAGGCACCCAUUCUAAGUUGGCCUUAACUACCCCUUGUGUGUGUUCUACUUACGUCCUAAAGAUGUUAAGUUUUGACUGAUUACAUUUACUCACAUUUUUCCUCAUAAUAUGAGUCUUGUUCCAUAUUGAGUUUCAAUUUUGUGAAGUUUACUUCUAUAUGCAAUUUCUUAAGUGAAACUAGCGUGUGUUUUCUAUCGGUGCCUAUGAGAUGAAGGAUAAGAAAAGCCCGAAGGCCACGGUGCCUUUGGGGCAGCGAAUAUCCAAGACCUUUUCUUCAAGGCCCAAAACCUGAUGAUUUUACUCCCUCGAUAAGAAAUCUUUCUUUAAAAUUUGGAAUUUGAAACAUAAAAAAUGGACACUUUUUAGAGCCAAAACGUUCUCGGAACGCACAGAGAGAGAGAGUAGCGAGUGUGCGAUGCAAUGGGCUCUUCUCUCUUCUCCGCCAUUCUCCUUCUUCUCUUUGCUUUCUGUCUCUCUCUUCCGACCCUCUCACCUGCCACCGAACUCAAAGGUGUUGAUAUUGAAGACCCAGUACUAGAAGUCAUCCCGGCACCUCUUUCUGAGCACUCAGCUGUGCCUGGUUCUAAAGAUGUUAUAUUUUGUGAACGGGCACGAGUUUCUGGUAUAUCCAGAUUAAAACUUGGGAGUUAUGCAAGUUCACUUAAGAUCACCUUGUCUACAUCUGUUGCAAUCCCGGAGAGGUUGCAUAGCAAAAUUCAAGUCUGUUUUCAUAGGAAUAAUACGCUUGGAUUAUGUCAGUGUGAAGAGGAUGAUUGGAAAAAUAUUCAGAAAGGGUUAUGGAGCUCUGUCUUGUCGCCUUAUGAUGAAAGAUAUGUCGAUGUCAAGUUCAUUGGCAAAAUACCUGGCUCUGUCACCAUAACUGUUGAAGAAGAUUUUCAGAGAUGGCGCCUUGUGUGUCUGGCACUGGGAUUUACUUUACUGUUGUUGGCACCAAUUGUCAGCAAUUGGGUACCUUUUUAUUAUACCAGUUCAAUGGUUAUAGGAGUUUUUCUGGUCAUUAUAAUCAUUCUCUUCCAGGGAAUGAAGCUGUUGCCAACUGGAAGGAAAAAUGUCCUCUAUCUUACCAUAUAUGGAUCAGUGCUUGGAGCAGGAUCUUUCCUUGUUCAUCAGUUUUCACUGAUGGUAAAUUCAAUUCUUUUGAGUUUUGGGCUAAGUGAAGAGAUGCAUAACCCAGUCUCUAUAUUUUUACUAGUGGGAAUUAUCCUCACGGGAGCUGCAUUAGGGUACUGGAUUGUGAGGAAGUUUGUUGUCUCAAAAGAUGGGACAGUAGAUGUUGGUAUAGCACAAUUUGUCAAGUGGGCUAUGCGUAUCAUUGGAACAACCUCCAUCUUGCAGAGCACUCUCGAUACUCCUUUAGCAAUGGGCGCGUUGGUUAAUUACUGGAUUAUCAGCAAGUUGAUUACUUCUCUGAAAUGGCAUCUCAAAUCUCAUCAGUCGGAUGCUGGGAGUGGGAGUCCUUGUCUGCCGAAGGGAAAACAGGUCAAGGGUAGACAAAGUCAUCCAAAAUUUCUUAGCAGGUCUAGUCCACAAGAAAGAAUUGGAACAGCCGAAGGAGUCUAUCUGCUUGGUCUGACUCUCCUGUUACAGGUGUCAUGUCCCCAUCUUCCAGGGCACCUAACCAACAGGAGUACUAUUCAACCUUCCACAAGGUGCAGAACAGAAAGAAGUUCACAAGGAAAGAGUGGGAUGAUUUCACACAUGAAUCUACCCGCCAAGCUAUAGCAGAAUGGGCAGCAUCUCCUGAAGUCCCUAAUUGGCUCAUCGAGCAUGCUGAUCGCAUACAACUCCUUCCAAGCGAGAGUUCAGAUGAAACUGGGGGAAGUGAACCAGACUCCAUAGAUGAGAAUGUCGUGGGGAGCACAGAUCGAGUAGGUUUUCUUAAGUGGUAGUGACUGACAUAGAGUGUCAUAUUGACUAUGGCGUCUGCUAUUUUCAGUUGGCUUAGGUUGAAUUCUGUAACUGCUGAGGUAGGUCACACUAACUUGAACUGCCUCCUUGAAGGAAUCUGUAGAGAGCUGUAUAGAACACGGUAGGAACGAUGUAGGUAAUUUUUGCACCAGCGAACCUUACAAUUUCUUGUCUGUCGUAGGAUGUUAGAUUCUACAUGUGAUGAGUUUUAACUGCAGUCUUGUACUGGAUAUGAAAUGGAUUUAUGCUUUAUGUAUGUCUUCUCCAAAGGCGCUUUCUUCUUCUUCUU